AUCAAAUAACUCUUCUAAUAUUGACUAUAUAAGAUGUAGUAUGAGUUUUUAGCAUCAUUAUUAUGCUGUAUAUUUAAUUUAAGGUUUUGUUGGGCUGAUGUUUUUAACUCCUUUCAUUUAGUCUAUUCGUAAUUUCGUAUACGAAUGUGGGAAGUAAAAAAAAAAAUGGCUUCUUUUUCUGCUUACCAGUUCCCACGUGGAAAAUAAAACCUUUGAAACAUUCAAUUUAUAACUAUGUUACCGUUAUUUUUGUGAUGUAGUUGUUAUUCAUUUAAUCAUGGUUCAGGCUUUGGAAGAGAUAAUCCCGCAAGAUUUGCCUCGUGCAUUUGAACUCCUCAAGGAAAUGAACGACAGUGUUCAUCAAGUCACCGAUCUUGUUGACAGCAUGUUGGAGCGAGUCAAGAGAGGAGAAAUAUCAACAGAGAAAGGUCUUAGUUUCCUGGAAAUGAAGUACCACAUGCUGCUGAGCUACCUCAUCAACUUGACGUACGUGGUGCUGAGGAAGUGCUCGGGGGAGAAGAUUGAAGGAGACCCCGCCAUAGACCGUCUGGUUGAGAUCCGAACGGUUCUGGAGAAGAUCCGGCCGAUCGACCAGAAGCUCAAGUACCAGAUAGGCAAGCUGGUGAAGACGGCGGUGACGGGCGCCACCGACGCCACCGACCCGGGCAGCUUCCGCGCCGACCCGGGGAACCUGGCGAGCAAGCUGGGCGGGGAGGACCUCGGCGGGAGCAGCAGCGAGCAGGACGAGCCGGACGGGGCCAGGCAGGAGAGGACCGGGGCCUACGUCCCGCCGAAGAUAGCGGCGGUCCACUACGACGGGGACGAGAGCCGGCUGGAGAAGCAGCAGCGGCUGGCGGAGCGGGCCAGGCGGGCGGCCCUCAACAGCUCCGUGGUCCGGGAGCUGCGCGAGGAGUACCUGGACACCCCCGUCGAGGUGGCCCACGAGGGCUCCGGCAGGGCCGUGCCGUCGCGCCGGCACCGCCAGAGGGAGGAGUACGAGGAGAGCUACUUCACCCGCCUGCCGACCACGAAGCAGGAGCGCCACAGGUCGCGCCGGCUGACGACGGUGGGGUCGCUGGGAGAGGAGCUGACCCGGUUCGGGGACCUCCGGGCGCUGGAGGGCGUCGCGGGCCCGUCUGCCCCCGCCGGGAAGCGCAAGUCGGCGGCAGCCAGGAAGGGCAAGAAAGGGUUGAAGAAGAGGAAGCUCCACUGAACGGCCGGUGUGUUCCGCUGACAGUUUGGACGCACCGCGCGGUUGGUAGGCGUGCCGUGGGACCACAGGAUUGCCAGGAAUACUUCAGUUCUGAUUGUGACGUAGCGUAGAGCGUAGAGCGUAGGGUGCGGAGGCGAGGCAGAUGGUCACACUGUUCCCCAGGGCUCAGCCCUGCAAACUAAGCAGUUCAUCUCGAAUCAAUAUUCAUACGUGAUUUCAUCUAACAUCGUUGUGUACGAGUCUGACUUUUGUGUUCUAUUUUGUUUGUCGCUCAACCUGUAUCAAAAUUCUGACUAAUCCUGCCUAUCCAUUCUUAAAUUGGCCUGUUCAUUUUUAAACUUGUGAUUGGAAAUAAAAAAUUUUUUUUAUGAUUUCUUUGGUUUCAAUUUAAAUUUUUCUUACUUUUCUUUUGACAGAAUUACGUGUGUUUUGACUUUUGGCACAUUUGACUGUGCAGUAGUGUGCGGGAAUACUUUAUGUUGUUCAGUUAUUUGUGUCUUGUUUAAUAUGGUUGUUUACUCCUUGCACAUUCACAUAAUUUUUCAGCUAGUAGCUUAAUGUAGCAAUUGGAAAAAAAAACUGCAUGUCAGGGUAACUCAAUGAUCUUUUGUUUUUUGCAUUUUUUUUUGUUUAGUAAAGUUCUUAUAAAGUAUUGAUAGUAUCUAAUUUAAAAAAAAUUUUACGAGUUUAGAACAUAAUCGGUUUUUGGGGACCAUAUUACAGAGGGCGAGUCAAGACAGCAAGCAUUAAUUUUGUGUUUGCGAUGAACUUCUUAUGGACGAGAGAUUGAUUCAUAAAUUUACCUAUUUUUAUGUUUUUUUUAUAAGGUGUGCAUUUUUGGAGGUGUCUAAAAUUUUAAUAUUUGAAUUCCUCUAAAAAUAACUACAAAUACUUUAGAAUAGGCAAAAAAGUGGAAUAAUUUCUAAAGAAAAGAAAAUUAAUAACCAUGUUAUAAUGUUUUUUUUGCAUGUGAAAAACUAUUUUAAAGAAAUUUACAUGUUAGAUUUGAAAAAUUGGUUGCUCUUAUGUAAGUGAAACAUUUUGUUACAUUUCAUAAGCAAACACAGUUUUAAGAGUAAUUUUUUGUAGUUUUUCCCUACUUUUGCAAAAAAAAAAAAAAAAACCUGCAUAUUUUCAUGCGCUACCGCAAAUCUAGCAGCUGUCGUGUUGGUAAUUAGGAAUGGGUACCAAUGCCUGAACGUUCGGUUGUUCUCAUUACAAAAAUUAAAAUUAAUGCAUAAUUAUCAAACCUGUCAGAUGUACACAUGACUUCUAAUUUGUGGUUAGCUGACGCUGCAGUUGUACUGGCACUUUCAUCAAAAUGCCAAGGUCGAAGCACGCCUGCUGUGUUCUCACGUGGGAGGCGAGGGAACUCCCGGGUUGAAAGGGCAGAGUGACUUUGACCGCUCGACCGAUUGCUCGGCCGGUCGAGUGGCUUGGGUAGCGAAGGCCGAGUCUGGCAUCACGGUCGAAGCACGCUUGAGUAUUUUCUCUGCUGACAUCCGUGGAGAUUAGAAUUUAUGGCUUUUUAAUUUUUAGGCCAAAUUUUGUUUUUAAUACAGGAGAUUUCGGUGUUAUUUUUAUUUUUAUGAACUCUAUUUAUUCAUAAAGUUUGCAUCACAAAUACGACACUUAUUAGUUCAAUGAAACUUGCUUUAACCCAAAACAGUGUCAUUUUAACUGAUACAUAAAAUCACUUUAGACAAGAUCGUAAUUUUCUAGUAAGCAGGUCAAGCUACUGGGAACAAUACAAAUGAAUCGGCAAGUUGUGUGUGUUUGAAAAACGAACCAAUGUCGUUAUGUAAAAGUUAGUUACUAACAGUUGCAGUAUAAAAAAUUUUUCCACUCAAGUUAAUGCAUAUGUAUUUUGGUACUAAUUCCCUGCUAAAUAAUUUACCAUCAUUGUAUUUAAUACACGUAUUAAAAGAUUACUUUCUUGUAAUGUGAGUUGAGUUUUGGUUAUGUAUGCCAAUUAAUUUCAGUAUUUUUUUUUUGCAUUUCGAUCUUAUAUAGUAGUGUAUUGAAGUGCUUUUCGGUUUUAUUUUGGUUUUGUUACAAUUCACCAUAUAAUUUUGUCCCUCGCUAUCCGUCACUUGUGUGUGAAGUUGGACUCGCUCUAAAGGAAACCGGCUAUGUGCGUGUUAUCAGUGUGGGUGGGUUGCAGAACCGUGUGGAUUGUGUUUGUGCUCGAAAAAUCGACAAUAAAGUUGUAGUAAUAUGAUGGUUUGGUCUUGAUGCCGUUCACAAAUUGUUCCAACCGUCAUGUGGUGCUUCUUUUUGACAGUUUUGAGAGCUUCACCGGUUUCUGUGACGAUUCAAGGAAAAAACAUUGCUUGGAUAUUUUAGGCUAUUGCGUUAAACUAGGGUAUGAGUCACCUGUUGCAAAGUAUCUGGAAGUAACCACCUUAUGAAUCUUGACAGGUAGAUAUUCUCUUCUUGCACAUGAGUAGCUUAUUUCAAUUUUCUCAUCAUUUCUACGUGUAUUAAUUAAGGGAUCAUUUUCCUGGUGAUGUGACUGAUUUUUCUGUGACAGAAUUACAGCAGCGUGCAAGACCACAGUGAACUGUUGUAUGAAAAUGUCCGUCAGACAGCUCUCAGUGUUUACAUUACUCGGAAAUGUAUGUAAUUAUGUAUUAUUGAAGCUUGUGAAAUAGUCCUUAAGGUAACAUGACAUACAUAUAUACAUAUAUACAUAUAUGUGUGUGUGUGUGUAUAUAUAUAUAUAUAUAUAUAUUUUUAUUUUUUUAUUUUUUAUUCUCAUGCAACACAAAAUUCAACAGAUUCAACCAUAUUUCAAUCACAUCAAUGAUACGUCAUUUUUGGGCAGCAAAACGUUUUCUUGUUAACGUGCCGUUGAAGUAUCGCUGAUUCAUGUACGCCGGUCGUGUGUACAGCGUACAAAAUAUAUUUGGCAGUUGAACAAGGGAGUUGCUCCUGUACAUGUCUCGUGUGGCACUGUGUAAAAACUUAAUGAUUUACCGUACUUCUGUCAGUUGCUUCAUGUCUUAUGAUAAAGCACCAUCAGUGACGUAAUUAUUUCCAGGCUCGUGGUUGGUUGUAGACGGUGCGACAUUGGAACGGGUCGUUACCACAACGCCGAAAUACCACAACAUCGAACGUACAAUAACGCUGAAUGCCAAAUUGACCGCAACGCCGACAGCUAUAAAACUGCUGUGUACCGCAAUGCCGAAAUACAGUAAUGCGGAAAAAUGUACCACAACCUAACCUAACCUAGGCUAACCUAACCUAGGCUAGCCUAACCUAUCCUUACCUUACUUUACCUUACCUUACUUUACCUUACCUUACCUUACCUAACCUAACCUAACCUAACCUAACCUAACCUAACCUUUGUGGCAGUCCUGCAGUGACAUUUUUUGGCGUUAAUGUAUUUCGGCAUUGUGGUAAUUCGGCGUUGUUGUACACAGCAGUUUUCUAGCUGUCGGCGUUGUAGUCAAUUUGGCAUUCGGCGUUAUUGUACGUUCGGCGUUGUGGUAUUUCGGCAUAGUGGUGCGUCCCUCAUUGGAACCUGGUCCAAGCAGCGAAAUUGUAUGACAGUGCAGCCAACAAAACUGUGUUUUCUUUGUGUCUGUGUAUGUGUAAUUCUACAAGCACCAGCCUUUGCAUACGCAUUAUACACGUUCUGCAGCCGUCUUGCGCUUCGACUACAGUAGUUCCAAGUAUUCUCCUGUGUUCAGUGUUCAGUGUCCAGUUUGUGCAGUAAAUAUUUUUUUUCUGUACAGCUCUUUUAUUUUGUAUGUACUACUUAGAAAAAAAAACUUUUGAUACAUUUUUUGUUUGUUUUGUUUUUGCAUGAGCAUGUCUGUCGAAUGAAAUAGCUGGCUUGAUGUAAUGACUUAAGGCAGGUCAUGUUUCACAGAUUUUUAUUUUAUUUUUCUAUGUAAAAGAGUUGUUCAUGGACACUUAAAAAUUGUAGUUGUUUCUUGUUCAAGAAGCUUUAGGGCUUUUGUGAACCAUAUUUUUGAUUAACUAUCCUUUUUUUUUUCCCCUAAUAAAUUGUAUUUCAUGAGAUUUGUACCAUCUGCACAACAAAAUAAUUUGUUAUGAAAGCGAUAAAUUAUUUGCUGAAUGUGUGUUGCAGUCCUAAGUUUCGCUUGAAUUGGGCAUUGAUAGUUUGGUAAAAACCACCAUUAAUCUCAUGAUUAAAAUUUUUUUCAGAUUUUGUUACUACUUGAUAGUUUGAAACUUAAUCUGUAAAAUAAAAUCAGUUUAGAUUUUUUUUUAUAUUAAUUUGCAACACCCAAAAAAAUAUCCAAUUUUGCAACACUGAAGUUUGUUAUAUUUCAAUGGCCUUCAACACUCUUCUCUUGGACUGUACAGUAGUUGAGCCUGUGUUGCACGCACCUACUGCUGUUAGGUCAAGUGGAUAUGUCCCCCCCCCCCCUCCCCGCCCCCCCCCCCCCCCCCAGCGUAGCAGCAGGCUGAAGUCUAGCCUUGAAGAUUAGUCACAAAAAAAAAAAACAUUCAUUAGUCUUCUUUUUAAUAGACUAGCUUUUGAGCAGUAAAUAUAAAUUAGUAAAUAUUUAAUCAAUUUUUACAUUCAAAUAUAAUGCGAAUAAAAAUACUAUAGCUACAUAUUCCAGCUGUGAAUACAUUCUUCAGGUCAAACCAUAUUACUUUUUAAAACACUUCUCAAAAAAAAAAAAAAAAAAAAAAAACCUUUAUCAACGUAAUAAAUUCUGUUCUGAAAAGUUACACAUUUUAAACAGCCUUUGUUCUCAAAAAUUAUACCAAGUCAUCCUCUUACACUAAGACAUUUUGUAUUGUGUUAUAAAAAAUAACUUUUUUAUAUUUGCAUUAUUAUUAAAAGCUGUAAUUAUUGACAUGAAUAGUAAAAUUCUACUUUACAUUAGGUUAUGAAUGAGCACAGUUUCUAUUACCAGAGUCAGGGACAACUCAACAUUUCAAACAAGCAGUUAUUGUGAUCUCGUGACUUACAGCAGUAAAAUAAUUUUUUUUGUUGGGAAAAGUUUUUUUUAAAGAGGUGAACCGUUUUGGCUGAACAAAAAAUGCUACCAGAGCUGACACAAUUCUACUUGAAAAACGCACGAUGCCUGAAGUAUGUAGUAGGUGGCCGCAUGAAAAUGUACCGUAUUUACCCGCAGAAGGGUUUCGCCCCCUGAGUACGGAUCGCAGCGUCGUGUAUACAAGCGAAGUGUUCCGUUUCUCAGUUUAUUGGCGCGCGUUAUAAGUACGACAUUGACAUUGACCGCCAGUUCUUCUUCGUCUGUUUACUGCCGGAGGGUGUGAGGUGGCUAAACCCCCCCCCCCCCCACAAUAUUUACCACCCAUCACCCGUCCAAUUGCUGCACUUCCUAACAAGACAGAGGCGGCUGAUAUUUUUAUAACCUUGUCUCCCUUUCCUCCUUUUGUAUUUUUUUUUUUUUGGCGUGACAACGUCUAAUAAAUCGAUGAAUGCCGGCUGCUAGCACAUAAAAAGUGUCCGGUUGUGCACAUUGUCCCGUUACACUGUGUCCCGUUACACUCAUACGCUUGCUCCGCAUCUAUCUCUCUUCCACUCGAUUGGAACAACCAUCUAUUUGACUUUUUCGAGGCACAUUAAACUUGAAACACUCCCAUUCGUUUCCUACUUUUCCUAUCAUCGUCCUAUCCUUAACAGAAUAACACAGAUUGGAAGAAGUUAAAUAGCAAACAUGUAUAAAAGUUAUAGUUAAAAUAAUCUCUUCGUUAAAGUAAUAAACAUAUUUGAAUUAAUGAGUGCAAAUAAAAGUAAAUUUAUCAAUUAAAUUGUAGAUUUCAUUUCACUCUUUCUUUGUAUCCAUACAAAAUAGUGAUAAUUCAAUAAAAAUGAUUCAAUUUUAUUCAUAAAAGUAUGCAAUCAUUUCAUCAGUGUUUUGUUAUGACGUCACGUUAAACUAUCGUCCGUAAACCGACUUUACAGACAACCUAUUUUUUUACCUAUUCCUUCUGCCUGAGAGAGGAGAAGCGGCAAGCCACUCUUGUCAGUUCCGUCUAUAGAAACUAGCAUGCGGUUGGCAGGAAUGCUCUGUCACUAUGAUCGAACACUAUCAUCUAAGAGCUGUGGAAGACGUAUGAUAUUUCAGUUAUGUGCUGUAUAAAAAAUAAAAAUGUACCUACGUAUUUUUUUUUUGAUGCAGUGUGAUCAUCUGCUAAGAGCUUCAAUGGACACUCCUAUUUUCACUUUGAGUAUCUGAAAUUAGAUCAUGAAAUGUAGUAGUUGCCAGGGGCGUAGCCAGGGGUGGUUUUUAGGGGUUCACACCCCCCUCCCCCCCCCCUAGCACUAAAUCUAUAUUUAAAUUUCUUAUUCAUCACUCAAAUAAAUUUCAUAUUAAAAAUUAAUAAAAAUUUUACCUUUACAAUAUUUAAAUUUGAGUACCGAAAAAUGCUAAAAUAGCACUAUUUUACACCUUAAAAUCCAAAUUUUCCCGGGGGAAGACCCCCAGAUCCCCUGCUUUAAUACGGGAGGCCCAUGCUUCUUAAACACCCCCCCCCCCCACCCCCCCCCCACCCUUGUACACAAAUCCUAGCUACGCCACUGGUAGUCGCAUUUAGCUUUGUAACUGGGAGCAGACUGAGAUGGUUUGUGCUGAACGACCCACCACGAACGAGCUCUUUGAGUUAUAAGCUGGUCUCUCUCAGCUUGCUAUAGAGGUUGGUGGUUCUGUUCUCGUGAUGACUGUGUCAAGGCUAAUUGUUGACGAUUUCAAGUUUGGGUGUUGGGGUUUUUAUACUUAUUUUUCUUUACGCAACUGAUACAUAAAUAUAUAUUUUUUUUGGGUUGUCACUCUCAACUAUCCUACAAUUUGUUGAUAUUUAAAACUUUUAAUACUAAAUGUUCCAAUUACAAGUACAUAUGAGAGAGAAAAAAUACACAUAUAGUUGUAUUGUCACUAACCCACACUGUUUCUUACUAGUAAAUUAAGGACAUUAUGUAUGUGAUACUGUAACAAUAUUUUAUUUGACUGUGACCAGUCUGUCAUUUAGUAUUAAUAUAAUUUUUAUAAAUAAAUUACAAAUGAUAACAUUGGGAACUAAAUUUAAGCUUCAAUGAUUUGUCUUGUUUGUGGCAGAUUGUGUGUUGAAUGAAAUCAAAUAUCAUACAUAUUGAUAUGAUACCUUGGAAUAUCUAAGAGGAUAAAUAUAAAUGACAUUGGCAUACGUUGUACUAAUUUAGAGCCAAAAAAAUUAGCAUCUUGCUAUAAAUGCUAUUUUUUAAUUUUCGAAAGAUCCCCUUUUUUUAGUUAAUUUAUUAUGCUUCUGCAAAUAUGUUUUUUAAAAUAGAAUAUCAGUUAGCUUACAAAUUCUUAAAUUUUUCAAAUCUAAUUCAAACAUACAGCGAAAGGUUUUUUUUGCAUUUAACAGGAGUCUAAGAAAAAUUGAAGCACGAGUCAGUAAAGUCUUUCUAGUUUUUACUCUUGCAAAGAAUUUGAUUGAUUAUGCUGUAAGUCUCAUGAAUAUUGAUUACAGAUGUUGGUGAUCAAAUAUUAAGUGAUUUUAAUGAUAUAUUUUGAAACAUAGAAUGAUGAUGAUGUAAUAUUGUAAAAAUGGCUUUGUAUUAAAUGAACAGUAAGGGUUUAUGAUUAAUAAUGACCUUACUUUUCAAUUCUGCAGUGUCUGUAAAGAGACUAUAAUUUAAAGCAAAAGCAUGUUGUGUACAGAACAGUAACAUGUGGAGAUAACGUGGAUACAAGGGUAGAAUUUACGGAAAUAAUUUAGGGCAACACCUUAUCUCCAUAUCAAUUUUAUUGAUGCAGACGAAUAAUGUGGUUUUUAAAGGCAUUAAACAAUUUUUAAUAGUUUUUUUUUCUUUUUUGUAAUCUAAACGCACAUGUUUAGGUAUUGGCAAUGAAACUUUUAAAAAGUAUAGAAACACCAAUUUUAAAUAAUAUCUUUAUAUAAAUGUCUAAUUGGAGCAAAAACAAAUUUUAUAAAUUUAAUUUGUUAGGUGACUUGAUUCGAUUCUUCUCGACCCCUCCCCCGCCAAAGCAAAGGCAAGUACGGCUUGUAUCUCGUGUGUAGACACAUUGCUUGCUGUUAGCUGUUUCAGGAUUUCAUUUGCCGUUGUGCUCGGAGAAACUUCCUUGCACUCAGUGGCGGAUCCAAGGGGGGGGCACCAAGGGCAAGUGCCCCCCGCCCCCCAAAAAAAAAAACCAAUUAUCUGCUACAUUAAUAUAUUAAUAUUGCCGACAAAAAUGAUUUGUUUCUGAAACCAUUAAUAUAUUUUAAUAUAAUUAAUGAAUUUCUUGUAGAAUCAUAAAAUCUGGUGGUUGGAUGUUAUGUGUAGUGUGAGUAGAUUAAAUACAAAUUUAGUAAUUGACAUUUUUUUUCUCUGGCUAUUCUGAAAUCCUAGAGUAGCUUCUUGGAAAGAUAAAGUCCUGCGGAGUUCUGUCCCUCUCAACUUGACUUUCAGAGAAAAUAUUCUGUGUAGCUAUUUUUUGGCUGAUUCAAAUGACUGACAUUUAAGUUACUAAAGUUUUUUUUUUUUUUUUUUUUUUUAAUGUUCUCAUUCCUGGACUGUAAAACGUUUUUUUUUUUUGUGAGAAAAGUGUGCAGCGUACAAUAAAAUAACUCCCGUGAUUGGUUAAAAUAAAAUAACUUUUUAAAGGAGAAAUGAAGCUCUGUAGUAAAACUUGUUGUAUGUGGUUUUUCUUCAUUGAUGGCUGUUCGGUAUGUACGUAUCUAGGUCAAAAUGGAAAAUUUAAAUAUGUGCAUGAAUUUAUGAAUCGGUGAGAAAAAUGCAGUGUUAGGUAAUUAUGAAUUAUCUUUCCCGUGAUUUUUCAAUGGAAAAAGAAAAUGUGCUUUCUUUUUUAGUUUCUGCUCUUUAGAAUUUUUUCUUUCAAAAAUAUUAAUUUGCGUUUUGUCGAUGCAGGUUCAAAACUUCAUAUCUCUAAAUUGGUGGGUUUUCUGGAUUUUGAAUUAAAACUGCAUUUAAAACAGCUUGUUCCCAGCAAUUUUUUUUGUCAUAGUCUUAAAACAUUUAUUUAUCAUCAUAUGUGUUAACUUCAUCUGGUGCAGAAAAUGUUCGCUAAUUUUUGUGUUUUGAUUGUAAAUCACAAAAGGAUUGAUGCAAGUGUGGCAUCUGUAGUGAUUAUUUGCUUGAAGUCCAUGUAACAAUUACUAUGGAACUGCUGAAAUUACUUAAAUAGAGGGUUUUCAUUGCCAAAUAUGGGUCUCAGGCAUAAUAUAUUAGAAGAACCAGAUAGUGCACAAGUUUCUUAAAAUACUUUUAAAUUUUAAGUUAAAUUUUAUCGUGUCAACAAGCUUGGUUUAUUUUCCUACAGUUCUUGCUAUGUGAGGAAGUCAUAGUGUCAGAUUAAAUCAUUAGUUAUGUGUACUUUCAAGAGUUGUACGCCACAUUUGGGAAAUUGUUUUUGAAUGUAAGACGGAUAACUUUUAUAUACAGGUGUGUACCUCGAUGUAUGAUGCUGUAAACACACUCUUGUAUUGUGAGUUGUGUAAUGGAUUUCACGUGAUGCUCAGAACGAGGAAUGAGUAUUGUCAUGUCUGUUGAAAAAAAAAAGUACCUACGUGUAUCUCGAGAGAUGAAGUUGUUUUAGAUGUUUUGUCUAGUGUAGUGAAUCAUUCUUAAAAACAAUAAAAAUAAAAUAUUUUUAGUCGUGUAAUCAGAUUCUGCGAAGAUUUCUGGCAGUCAGAUUUUUGUAGUGUGGAAGCUGAAGAUUGCCUUGUCUUGCUGGACUUUUGUAAAAAAAAACCCUUUGUAUCUAACAAAAGUGACUUACAAUUACAAUUACUGUAUAAAGUACUGGCGUGUCUUGUAGGUGUAUAUGUUGUUUUGGCACUUGUAUUAACUUUGAUGUGAGUUGGUUAUUUGAGUAUGCCGGUUGUUGCAUUGUUGACAUCAUGAUUUAUAAUGUAUAAUAAUAUAGUCCCCUUGUGGGAAACAAUAGAUGCAGAUACAUAUGAAAUAUUUUUGAUAAUCACUAGAAUUCAUCACUGUACAGUAAUUGUUACAGCAUGCAUUGUUAAAUUUUUUGUUUGUGCUAUUGCCAAGAAACUCAAGUGUUAAAAGACAGCUCAAUGAGAUUAAUUUAUUUAGGGAUUUCUGUGAAAAUUCAGUUUCUUUGUGUCGUUGCGUUGUUGAGAGGGAAAUUGUUUUGUUUUCUCCUUUGUGGGAUUGUGUUGAGCGCAUUCUGCAAUCUCACGAGUGUUGAUUUGUUAGCCUCAGCUCAUUGUUUGUUGGGUCAGUAGUUGCAGUUUGCACUACCUCGCAGCAAUCUCAGACAGUUUUUGUAGCUGACGGAAAACUAUUCCAAGCAAGGGACUCAUUGCUGCGUAUUCAUGCACUGUGCAUAAAUUGUAAAAGUGUACAUUUUUGGAUUUUUAUCUGUGUAUUUGACGUACUCGUUUUAGGUUAGUAGUCGUGGUAUGUUUGUUGGUGCAAGUAUAUAAAAAAAAUGUUUUGUUAAACUCUGUAAUUGAGACUGGUGCUGAGAAAUGGGAGUUCGCAACUAUUGGGCAUUAAUAAUUGUGAUAGUGUAACUGUUUGCAAGCAGUUGUGAUAAAAUAGCUUACGGCAUUCCUGAAACAGGUCAAACGUCGGUGCACAUAUUGUGACCAUACCACAUACAGCUGUGAUUUGCAGGUAGCUGCAUAUCAACACAACCAAGAUUCCUAGCAUUUUCCUACCGUUUUAUGAUCAUAUAGAGAAUAUUAAACAUGGUUGAUAGAUUACUUUACGCCUGCAACUAAACGUACGUGAAUUUCAGUGAGUUGUGUUACGUGUGUGACUUAUUAAUGGGUGUGUGUUGGUAUGGUGUAGCUAUUGAAAGUUUACUCUAAAAAAAAUAAUCCUUGGUCUAGAGUAGGGAGUGAGGAAUAAAAAAAUAUUAUAGAUUUUUUUUUUCUGAAAAUGUUGUCGAAGCAAGGCAAGGCAUCUUAUCGUGGAGGUGUUACGGUUUAUGUCACAUCUUAGUGUUAGCAUGUUCACGUAACAGGUUUUUGUAUGCGACGCAUAUUUAAAAGUCCACUCGGGGAUGAAUGCGUAAGUCUGUGUUGUUUGUGACGUAAGAUACUCAGGACAAAGUGUGCUUGGGCAAUGCAGCGAUGCUCAUCUGUCCUAGGCCGCACUCAACGGGAAGUGUGAUUGGCUGUCUGUUCGUGCGCACUAUUUAUUAUGCUUACCUUACCUAUAAAAUGUUCAGAAAUUAAGAAGAAAAAUACUUUUUUUAGGGAUUUGAGAAAAUAGAUUACCGUAUUUACUCGCAUAUAGGUCGUGGCAAUUUUACCAGAUUUGAUGGGGAAAAAAUGAAGUGCGACCUAUAUGUGAAGAAAAAUUUUUUUUAAAUUUUUGAGGAAUUUUUUUUUGCAAUAUUUUGCUUUAAAAUGCGAAAAAGAAGUUUAUAUAGGUAUAGGCAAAUUUAUUUACAAUGUACACAUACAGCGAAACCCCUUAUUUACGUUACCGUUAUUUACGUUUUCCAGUUAUUUGCACUAUAUUCUUCAGGUCCCGUUUAGUUCCCAUUUAGUCCAAUACAAUACUUUCACGCAAAUUACGACUCAAAAAUCGAAUCAAUCCCGCUAUUUACGUCACAUAACAACGAUAAACAACCAGAAAAUACCGUGGGUUCUUUAAGAGUAGAUAAGAUUAGCUAGUAGGCCUAAAAACAUCGUGAAAAACGUAACAUUUAUAGUCGGCAAUGAACAUUUUAAAUCGCAAAAUAUACAUAUUUUAUAACAUGAAAAGUUGCUUUUAUUUCUAAACAUGUAAUAAUUUAAGCCUAGGCGUGUAAAAGUCCGAGUAAUUAUAGCAGGAGACAAUCUAAAAUGAACGAGGGAAAAACGUAAACUCACGAGAUCGAGUACAAUGACCUUUCUCCGCGCAUGGCACACGGCGCGGUAAUGAAUUACCGGUGCGACCUAUAUGGGGGGAAUCUUAAAUACCAAAUUCAAGACCUCAAAUUAUGGGUGCGACUUAUCUCCGAUGGCGACCUAUAUGCGAGUAAAUACGGUAUCUAUCUUGCCAGUGUGAAGACGCAAGAUUUUAUGGUGUUAUUUAUAGUUCAGUUUAGUUUUUAAAACGGAAGAUUUCGGUGUUGUUGUUUUUGUUCUGUUUUAUAUAGGUACUCAUUUCACAAAAAUAGUGUAAUGAUUACGUGCUGCAUUUUUAUGAUGUAUAAUAAUUUGUUGUAAGUUUGUCUGAAACAGAUACAUUGGAAACAUUGAAAAUAACUCAGUAAGUAUUUAUAGUUCAAGAGUAAUGCAAUAAGAGAUGUACGCGCAAACUAAUUAAUUUUUUUUUAUCUAUGCACUUUGGUACAAACUUUGUAUGGAAAUUAACAACAUUCCUUGAAUACUUUUUUUUUUUUUUUUUUUUUUUUUUUUUUUUGCAAUUUUAAUUAGUAAGUUUCAGUCAAAUGCUGCUAAAUUGAAUGAGUGAACUACAAUUUUCUGUCCUGACUUCAAAGAUAUAAUUUAUUAUGUUUUUUUGUACAUUACUGAAAAAAAAACUCACUGAAACUGUUUUCAUGCAAUCAUACUUCAUUUCAUGUGACAGUGAAAAAAAAAAAUUAUUUUGCAAAUACGAGAGCUUAAUAUUAAUAAAAAAAAACGUUUUAACAAGGUUUAUGUUGAUUAUGAUGUUUAAAAGUUUUUUUGUAAUGUGUGUUAUGCUUGCUGUUGCUUCAAGCAUUGCAAAAUAAUUUUGGAUUGUGAUUAACUGGGUUUAAGUUUGGUUUUGUUUUGUGUGUGUGUAUGUGUUGUAAAUAUAUGGUAAUGAGAGAUCCUCAAUAUGUGGCUUGUCAGCCAGAUAUAUGAGAGAAUGAAUGCAAAUGGACCCAUUUCUGAAUGUACUCAUUACUAUUUUAAUAGAUAUUAGAGUAUCCUAAGUAUUAAAAAAAAAAAAGAAUUGUCAUUAGUGUAUAAGUGAACAUAUUGAUGCAAUUUGAAGUGGUUCACAGUUUUCGUUUCCCAGUUCCCAAUUGAUUUGGUUUUAUACAUUGGAAUUUUUUAAUGUUGCAAUUAUUUUCCUUUAUUCUUAAAACCAAUAAAAGAAUUUUAGCAUUAGUUAAUAUUAAUUUUGUUUUAUAUUCAUUCUUUGUAUUUAUGUUCAGUAAUUUUGUAGAUUAGUAAAAAAAAAAAAGAUUUUUUUUAAAUUACAUCCAUAUUUAGAUGGAAAAAAUAAUUGAAUUAAGUUAAUAUUCUUUAAUAAAUUGGCUUUUCAAAUUAAUUACUGGUGAACUUGGAUAAUAUAAAAGUGAAUUUUGUAAUGUCUCCUAACAUGCUGCCAUUCCCACAUAUUCCGUCCCUUCUCGGAUCCACUUAGCAACACUUCACACGGCAUCUCUAUCAGAAACAUUACAUUGUCAAUGUUCCAAAUAAAUGAUUUUGCAGAUA